AUGCCCCUAGCAUGCAGUGCAAUCAGUAUGUUGCUCGUUUACAGCGAUAAAGAAAGACCGCUGAGAGUUUCUUGCAGUGACAUCCAUCCAUGGGAGAUCUUGAUUAACGGGGAGCGCUGGCCUGGCAAAGUUCGGCUCAUCGGAUUUGUCGAUGCCUUCUUUUUGAUGGCUUACUCCUCCAAAGAACGGUUUGAGCACGGAAUCAUUGUUUAUAAGGAUGACGAUGUCAUUAGAAACAUCCUGGAGAGCACCGGAGUUUCUGCUAAAGAUAAGAAACUGGAAGUAGUUAACGAGAAAGAGAGGAGGAACCAUCCUGACGUACCUGAAAAGUACUUCAGCUUCAAGAAAGACGCCAUCCACUACACAGUGACGAGUCUCGGGCACGAGAUCGGUCUCAAGACCGAAUAUCCGAAAUCAAGCCUACAGAGAUACGAGGUCAAAAUCCGUAAGAACAGCGACCUUCUCAAGAACAGGCACAUCAAACGAGGCGUGAACCAGCAUGGCCUUGCCGACAUGAUGUACGAUGCGAUCAAACUUGGUUUCAUCACCCAUGCCCAAUUGGUGGUGCUGUCGACCAAACUUCUUGCGAGUACGGGGGCUGGCGACAUCAUGAAUAGUUAUUGGAACAUUAUCAAUGCUCCUGGUGAUGCUGCCGUGCUAUCGAACGAAAGGACAUGA